CCCGGGAUCGCGGGCUCUAUUUCGACAUCGCCGCCAUCUUGGGAAAUCUGGGAAUACUGUAUUUGAAGAAAACACCACGAAUUCCAUUCUCCUCUUUACCGCCAUCAAGCUAAAAACUGUUCUGAAUCAAACAAAAACGAAUAUGGGAUAGAUGCAAUAUUGAUCUGGGUACUUCAAAGGCCUUUUUUUACACUUGUCACCGAGCCCAGCAAAUUGGCCUGAUUUUGGUACCACUUGGACCGACAGAAUUGAUUACAGAUAAUAAAUCAAAGUCUUACAUCUACAUAGUGUGUCUCUCAAAGCAAGAUCUUGAUGUGAAGGAUAAGUUUUCGGCUAAUUGGAGAGGAUUUUGUCGAGUGUUUCCGUUGUGUACCUGCCGGAGCUGGCGGUUACCGCUAAGCUGGAUUGGAUGAGAGAAUCAUGCGUUGCCCACAUUUGUCGUCGAUUAAAAAAGUGAAUGUCGAGGACUUGAAAAUGAGGGUAAAGGGUGAGUGUGAUGGAUGUGAAAAACAGCAAGACUUGUGGGCAUGCCUCCAGAGUUGCUGCUCUUAUGUUGGUUGUGGGAGAUGUGGAAGAAACCAUAUUGAACUUCACAACCAGGAAACAGAUCACCAGCUAUGCAUCAACUUGGAAAGCUACAACAUCUGGUGCUUUAGUUGUCAAACAGAUGUUGACCCCAGCAGCACCUCAACAGAGAGCUCGUCAUCGUCCUCUACUACACCCACCAAGUCGCACAAGGUUGGGUGCACAUUAGAGGAAGAAGACUAUUUUGAGCUUGAGCAAGGCCUUAAACCCAGAGGUCUGUGUGGUCUGAUGAACAUCGGCAACACCUGUUACAUGAAUGCUGCAUUACAAGCAUUGUCUAACUGCCCUCCUCUCACUCAGUUCUUCCUGGAAUGCAACACCUGCAUAAGUGAUGCCAAGCAUCCUGGCGUGGCCAUUAAUUAUUACAACGUUGUCAGAGAGCUUUGGUCCAAGAAAAGGUCCAAGUAUAUUGUCCCUACACAGCUGCUGCGCAGUAUACGGGCUGUCAACUCACAGUUCCGUGGAUAUGGACAGCAAGAUGCCCAAGAAUUUCUAAGAUGUAUCAUGGAUCAGCUUCAUGAAGAACUUAAACAACCAAUAACCACACCCGCGAGUGACAGUGAUUCGUCAGAUGAUGAUGACGACCCAAAUAUCCAGGCAAAGUCCAGGUUGCUUGGAGGUACUAGUCUCGUCAGGCAAUCCUCAGGCAUAACAGAGGACGAGGACAUGGAUACUGGGACUGGAAGAAGCGUCAAUAAGUACACGCCUAUCCAUCCACAUGGUACACCCUCAUCAGACACAGAUGAAGAGAUGCAGCUUGAUUCCCAGCAAGCCAGUGUAGUCCAUGACCCAUCAGAAGUUCAGAUUGAUAUUGACAUGGCUGAGGAAGAUGCAAAUUUAUCAGCUAUAGAUAAUUCUAAAGCAAGUAACAAUGAACUAAUGUCCCCUAAAGAUGGAGAAAACAAGAGACCAGUCAGUGCCAAUGACGCAAAGAAGAAUUCAUCUCUCAAUAGGUUCAAACGAUCAACCACAAAGAAAGGUACAGAUAAAAAGAAGACUUUUAACUACCGGAGCAUAAUAACUGACUUGUUUGAUGGCAAAGUCCAAAGCUCAGUGCAGUGUCUCACAUGUAAUAGAGUGUCUUCUAGAAUCGAGACUUUUCAAGACUUAUCCCUUCCAAUUCCUGGUAAAGAUGAGUUAACUGUUAUCCAUGCCUCCCAGUGUGCGCCGCUAGUCACAUGUUCCCGGGGAGGAGAGUUUGCUGAUUUGGACAAGGGGUGGAUGUUGUCUAUUUUUGACUGGGUUCGGAGGUGGUUAUUUGGCCCCCAAGUCUCCCUGCAGGAUUGUCUGUCUGCAUUCUUCUCAGCUGAUGAGCUCAAAGGUGAUAAUAUGUACAGCUGUGAGAAGUGUCAGAAACUCAGAAAUGGCAUCAAACUGUGCAAAGUUCUACAGCUGCCUGAGAUAUUGUGUGUCCACCUGAAGAGGUUUCGUCAUGAGAUGUACUUCUCUUCCAAAAUCAGUCACUUCAUCUCCUUUCCUAUCACUGGGCUGGACAUGAAACCAUUCAUUGUCAAGGAAUCACGAGGCUUAGUAGAGAAGAGCACAUGUUAUGACUUGACAGCUAUCAUCACUCACCAUGGCAACGUAGGAGCUGGUCACUAUAUUGCUUUUGCUAAAAACUACAUCAGCAAUACAUGGUUUGAGUUCAACGACUCCUGGGUGACAGAAGUUUCAGAGUCAUUUGUGUCGAGUGUAGAAGCUUAUGUAUUAUUUUACCGGCGAACAAGCGAAGAAGCUUCAAAGGAAAGACAAUCUUUUGCCAUAAUGAUGAAUAAGGCUAAGAACCAGCCCCGCUGCUAUUUCAUUUCUAAACUGUGGAUGACCAAGUUCCAUACCUGUGUAGAUCCUGGUCCAAUCAGCAAUACAGAUUUCAUAUGUCCACAUUCAGGUAUCCACCCAAGAAAGCAUGAUAAAGUGCGAGAUCUGGUCAUUGCAGUACCAGCUGUCAUAUGGGAACAUCUAACUGAGAGGUAUGGGGGUGGCCCAGCUGUUACCAGCUUGAAGCCUUGUACUGACUGUCAGGCAGAUCUCGAGGAGCUGGAAAGAAGGCGGAACUAUGAAGUUGAAACAUUUAAAAAACUCAACACAGACUUCCCUGCUGCAGACAAUGUAGAUGUUUUUUGUCUCAGUAUGAGAUGGUUUCGUCAAUGGGAAAUGUUUGUUAAAGGGCAGCAAGAAGAUCCUCCAGGACCUAUUGACAACUCCAACAUUAUCAUCAUCAAAGGAAACCAGAAAAUGCUUAGAUCAGCUGCUGAUUAUGGCCAAGUGUCUUCCGAAACCUGGCAAUUUCUGAAUGACACUUAUGGGGGAGGACCAUCUUUUGUUCUAGAAGCAGAGAUGGAGGAUACCAAAUAGCCAAUUCCCUUUUUUAGGGAGGGUGCACUUAAACAAAGAGUUUAGGCCCAAAACUCAACUAUCUGUGUUCAACCUAAGGGUCUAACAGUGCCCCUUAUAUAAAGGUUUAAUCUAAAAUGCAUUUCUCUUUCUUCCCGGGAAAAGCAUGUAUCAAUCAUAACACUUUGACUGGUAUGUAAGUAAUAAUGCUGACAUUAAGCCCUGCCCAUGUACAUACAGUGCUAUUUAAGAAGAGCACCUCUUCCAAAAGAAAUCAAAUUGUAUGAUAAAUGUAUAAUCUUAGUAUUCAUUGAAGUUAUCAUUUAUUGAAGUUAAUAAAGCAACUAUAAAAAACU